UGUGGAUCUGGACGAACAACUCAACGACUAUCAGAAUCUGCUACACGUGAAGCCAAGUGCCGAUGGGCUGUUUGCACCCACGACCACACCCAGUCUCUACAUAGACCACAUCCGACCUGCACAGAGUAGCCUGGGUGUACGUAACAACACAGAGAGAGACGUGGACAUUGGAGG